AUGGCUGUGAUUCACGGUGCCUGGUAUUCGGAAGGUUAUAAAUAUGUUCCCGGGAGUUCGGAACCUUGGAAGAUCUAUUUCAGCACCUCGUAUUCUUCUGUACUUUUGCAUAUUUUGGAUCCGUGAGUCCGGAAAUUUCAAAAUAUGAAUUCAAAGCAGACCUGUCGUUUUGCGGCUAUUUGCGGCCCUCGGGCCAGCCAUUUGAAGGGCCGGGCUAGCCAGCCCAAAUAGGGAAAAUGGGCUGGUUCAGCCCGGCCUUUCCAACAAAUUUUAUUGUGUAAAUCCACUAUUUUUCAAUGGUGUUUCUUUCGAAUUUUUGCAUUUUGGCGGAAGAAAAUUGGCGAAUUUCGUGUUUCUAAUGGUGGAUUGAUAAUAAAAGUAAAAUUUAUUGAAAUUCAUGUGUUUCACCAUUACGAUCCUGCACCAAAACAGUACUUCGAAGAAAUGUUGGUGCACUAACACCAAUAUCAGUUAUUCUGAUUUACGAAAUUCGCUCAAAUGCAGAAAAUUUGAGCAAAAUCAUCCAUUUGUAAAAAUCCCGAAUUGUCAUCAAAAAUUUAUGAAGGGCCGAAAAAAGGGCUGAAACAGCCUCUCAUAAAAAAAGAAGGGCCGGAGGGCCGAAAAAGCCCGCAUUUUUUGAAUUUUGAAGGGCUGGCCCGGCCCGGCCGCCCAAAAACGACAGGUCUGAUUCAAAGGAUUUUUUUUGCAGAAUCUGCAUAUUUUCAUGCAAUUAUGAAUUCAGAAAAUGGCUAUUUCCACCAAUUAUAACUACAAAUCAAAAAUCAAUUUUAUGACAGCAAUUAAAAUUAACAACUACUUAAUUAAUUAAACCCUUUGUCUUAAGUAGAAGCAAGUUGAUCACAGAGAUCUUCCAUUAUUUCCCUAGAUUUUGAUGAGUUAGCCUAACUUUUUACAAUUUUUUAUCGAUUUUUUCGCGAAAUCCCUCCCCAAAAAACUCACCAAUCGCUUCUAUCACACAAAAAUCGUCAAUAACUCGAAAUCCUCCAAAUUUUCCACGUUUUUGACAUUGAAAUCCAAUUGUCCAUCAAUAUUUCAGGCUGAAAAUCAGAAAAUUUUAAUUUUUCAUGUAUCAUAUUUCAAUCGAAACAGUGUUUCUCUAGAAAAAACCCACCUUUCUUCAAUAAUCCUCGGAUUUUCCGUUGGAAGCGAUAUUUUCAGCCUUAUUUUCAGAGUAGAACAUCUAAAACAUCAAAUUUUCACUGAAAUCCACUGAUUUUCCCCGGAAACCUGAAAACCCAGCGAAAAAAAAACGAAAAAUAAAAAUAUUCUCGUGUUGCGCUAAACAGCGGGCAAGCCGGAGUGUCGUUGUAAAAAUUGAAUCAACAUAAUUGUCAAAUUCUACAUUCUUCAAAGUAUCUGAAUUUUUUCAUUUUUUCAUAAUUUCUGGUGGUUUAAUUGGCAUGAGCAAUUUGAUUUUUCGAAAAGAGUCACGAACCAGUACCAGGUAAGUAUGUUUCAUCAAGUGUCCGAAUUGAAACGUACUGUCCUCAUGUUUUUUUAUGUCACAAUUUUGGAAAAAAUUGACUCCUUGAAAAAAUCCACGAAACCUGCGAAGAAAAAUCGGAAGUUAUCAGUUUUCGAAGAAAAUUCAACAUCUAUUUGAGAAUCUUGGAAGAUUUUGAUUUCGAGAGAAUUCCAGAUUUUCGAGCUGGGUUUUCAGGAGAAUUUAUGCAAAAAUGUGAGGAAUUUUUGAAGAAGAAUAUGGAACUUGAGGAAUUGUUUUAUGAAGAUUUCGAAUUUGAAAAUGAAAAUCAAGAGAAAAGUGACUAUAUUUGCCUGAUUUGUUCCGAUUUUUUGAUCGAAGAAAUUGAAAAAUGCACAAAGUGCAAAAAAUGUGACAGAAAAUAUCAUUCAGAGGUCAGUUUUUUUUAAUUUGUGAAAAUAUAAAUUUUUUUUUUCAAUUUCAGUGUGCAUCAAAAUGGCUUUGCUUGAAUUCAAUCUGUCCAAAUUGUCGUAAUUUUCUACCAGAUCCAUGUCAAUAUCCAUUGUUUAAUUGUUAAUUAAUUAAUUUUUGUUUUGUUUUUUUUAUUUAAAGAUAAGAAAUCGGUUGAUUUUCCUCGAAUAAAUUGUAUGUUUUUUUCGGAGAAAAAAUUACAGAUUUUUCCAAUUUUAUCCAGCGCAGAGCUGCCCAGCGUCGCACAAUCAGAGAUGAAAACGUAGGUACAGCGUAUCUUCGCUAUAGCUACGAAAUUCGCGGACAGGAAUAAAAUGACCGCUCUAUAAAUAUUAUUUUUGAAUCCGUAGCUACGCCGUUGCUGUUCUGUAGCUACUUUGUAGAUAAACGGAUGUUACUUGUGUGCAAUUCUCUCUUCUCCAUUUUUGUACAAAGUAUCAACGAAAUUUGUACAGUCAGUCUACAGAGUCAAUUGCUGAGAGUUGAAAUGCAAAAACGCGAAAAAAAAGAAAAAAAAGUUUGUUUGGUACGGUGCGGUUCAAAGGAACAUUGCAAUUUGCAACUGCGUCUUGACACACAACACACAAAAAAUUUAAAACCUGCCCGCGAAUUUUUAUUUUUUCGACGCGCCAACCAAAAAAUCGAUUUUUUAUUCAUUUCUUUAUUUUUGCGUCGCUCAAUGUGGCUGUUUUUUGGCAAGUCGACACCGGAAUUUGAUAAAAGAUAAGUUUUUUUGGGAUUUAGCCCCGGUUCCCUUUCGAAUUCACCCAAAACACUCCCAAAAAUCCAUUCCGAGCAGUUCUAGAAGUCUUUGCUCGGAGUUAGUACAGCGCUCGAUAAAUUUCGAGCCCACUAGUCAUUGCCACUACCAGUAACCUCGGUAGGGUCACAGUUUUUUCGCAAAAUUGUGACCGCGAUUUAUCGCCUGGAUUUGAUUGGAAAGCAAAGAUGAGCAAGACCUGGGGUUCUUAUGCUAGAACUGCUCUUUAGCCACCGAUUUGGGCGGAAUGGGAAAAUGGGACCUGGUUUUGAACGAAUUUUAUUGGGAACUGGGGCGAUUUCUGAGGAUAUUCGAUAUGGACCUUUGUCAAUGCUUUUUUUUCAGCAAAUUUCUCCUCAAUCAAUCAAGUUGCUGGAAAAAUUGGUCGAUUCAAACCUGAAAGUUGGAUUUUUACAAGUCUCUGGCAUUUCGACUUUUCACCUCUUCACAAUGCCCUCCAAUGGAUCGAUAGUUGGAAGUGCCUGUAUCUAGUCAAGAGGUACAUUUCGGUGGUUUUUUUUUUUGUGAUUAUAAAUAAUACAACACAAUUUCAGUACACCUUUUGCGUUCAACAAGCAGCUGUCUGCCAAAAAAGUUUUGUUCUCUAUGAGAAUGCAUGUCAGACUAGUGGAGAUCCAAUGGAAAAUGCAGCGACCAACAAAAAAUGAAGUGGAAGCAGAAGAAUUUGGUUCGUUAUUUUCAUUGUGAAUUUACAAAAGUUCAAUUCAAUUAUUUUUAUUUUAUAGAUCGAGGAGCCAGUAUUUGCUUGCUGCAACAGAUAUGCUCCAGUCAGUGCACCAACAAAAAACCAAAACUGUUUUUCAACUUGGAACAAUGUUUCGAUGAGUUUUAGGAUUAACAGAGUGGGUUAAUAAAACAAAUACUUUCAAAUAGUUUUAUAUUAUUUUCAGUUUUCUGUUUGUCACAUUGGCGAACAAUUCGACACCACAAUCAACUCUUUCUCUUCGAUUUGUGGAAAUUCUUCAACUUGUGCCGAUCGAGGAUAAUCGAACACUCUUCCCCAUUUGCAGAAAAUCGAACAACAAGAAACCACAACUGUUUCUGAAGUAUCCACUACUUCUACAAUUCCAGCUCCAGAUGGAGAAGAUUUAUGUGAUGGGUCUUGUUGGAAUUGGUUGCUCUCACAAGAAUAUAUUCAUUGCUCUCGUGGAAUCGCUAUCCGCUUUGUAUUUCGAUGAAUUCUUUGAUGUUUCUGCUUGUAAUGGGAGUGAUGAUAAUCUAUAA